GGAGCCGGAAGAAGCAGUGCAGUAAGAAGAAGAUGGACUACAGUCUAGCGGCACUGAAGCUGCUAUGCGUCCAAUUGAAGGCGGCGCGUGCCACUAACGACUCAUCUCAAUCUUCCAUUUCUCUCGGUCCUAUACUCUUCCAACGCGCGUGGUUACAGGGCGUCGUAAUCUCACUACCUUCUACCACCGGCGGAAACGGACGUUUUCUCGUUGACGACGGAACAGGCGUGGUUGAACUCUCUCUCUCCCGUGAUUUCCUAAAUCGCGACUGGAAAUUAGGUGCAUAUGUAAUGGUUGUCGGAGGGUGUAGUAUCCGUCAAGACGAUCUCCCCCUAAUCAAGGUUCACAAAAUUGUUGAUCUUUCUGGUUUUCCCCAUCGAGAAGCAAUGUGGUAUCUGGAAGUUUUGGAGGCUUACAAGCUCUUCUAUCAUCCCCUAAUUCAAGAUUCAUAGCCAUUGACAUUUGACAACACACUUAAUAGAUUCAUCAAGGUUCCAAAGUGUAAUAGCAUUGUACUUUGAGGAUUAAGGAUGUUUAUGGUGGUUUGUUCAAUUACCAAAGUGUAGCUAAUCUAAUAGCAAAAAAUUAUUUUCAAUAUAUAAUUUCACAUUUUAAGGAGCC